AUCAACAGCAUCUCAAGUGGAGCCCUCCCUUCCGUGCAUAUUUGAUCGGGGGUGGAGGGAGGUGUCGCGGAGGUGUACCCUAGCCUAUCCAAAGCCCAUCGAUUUUUAUUUGUGAUUUUUAGGGGGCGGACAAGAACGCUGCCCUUUCCUUCAGAUGCCGUGAGACUGCGGCGGUGAGAGUUUGGGCAUACGCAUUUGUUGGAGCGACUCGUUAGGACAGGUUGACGCGGCAUUGCGUGCAGGAUUUAUGAAACGAAGGUCCAAAUAUGAACGCAACGGAGGAAUAAACGACAUUUUUUGCUUUUGUUUGAUUUAUCAUUAUUAUUGCCAGGAUCUGGACAUGGACAUCAGUGGAUUUUUUACACGUGUUGGAUUAAUAUGAUCACGCCGUCGCAUGACUACCAGGCUCUCUUACAAUUUGGGAAUAUUUGCCACACGAAAUAAGGAUCCGUUCCCAAUGCAGCCGAGAAUCAUGCUUUAUAAAAUCCUUGCUUUAAUAAUCUUACAAGGUGUGUUGAGGUGUGAUGAUCGGGUCAUAUCCGAGGUCAGCCCCGGAGGUGUGUCGGUACCCAGCACGGAGUUGAACUCCGGUGGAGUAGCGGCUCGAAAGAAUUCUGACACGACGGAACCAAAGUCCAGAUCGAAGCGCUGCACCUGUUAUUCCUACAAGGAUAAAGAGUGCAUCUAUUACUGCCAUUUGGACAUCAUCUGGAUCAAUACUCCCGAACGCACGGUACCAUAUGGAAUGUCGAGCUACCAAGGAGCCCAGCGAAUGCGACGUUCUCUUGUUGGACGACCGGGUGGGCACGAGCAGAGAGACGCUCAGCGUUGCAUGUGUGCUUCUCUGGAUCAAGAUGCAGACUGCCAUCACUUUUGUCAGUCAAGCUCUGUGGAGACUGGACCGAAAACAAGUUUUCACAGAGUCCCGAGGCCUGGCUGACAGUUGAACGCCUCUUCAUCUUCUGCCCUUUUCUUCAGGGAGUGGAUACAUCCCUCAUCUCGAUAAUCAUUCUCUGUUUGGCACACUCGCUUUCACAUGUACACUCCUAUUCAAGGAAAGCGCUUUGGAGAUUGACACUGCCGACAUUCCUGAGCAUUGUAACUCUAGGAGCAAGUUCCGUCAGGCUGAGCAGCUCUCAGAACACAUAUGCAAAUAUGAAACACUACAAUUCUCCGGAGGAUAGUGUCCUCUUCUUAUUAUUUUUUUUUUACAUGACCUUAUGCCAACCUUGAUUAGUCUCCCUUUUUUUGUAUUCAUGCCUGCUAACAUAUUGUGAACAACGUUUUCUUCCAAAACGAGGUGAGCUGUAAACGCUCAAUAAACCAUGGACGGCUUUUCUAUAUAAAUGGUGGAAAACAAAAUGUGAGUUACGGAUGAAUGUACUGAAGCAGGGUACAAUUUUACAACACAUAUGAAUUAUUAUGAAUAGAUCAUGACCCUUCUUUAUGGCCGUGUUUUCUGAUAUUAUGUUUAAUGACAUUAAAUUGAGGAUUCAUUUUGUAACUAUUAUUUUUAACAGAAAUAAUAUAAAAGUAUAUGAAUAAUAUUAAAUAUGUAAACUCUGCUCGGUUCUGCCCUAGCUAACCUUAGCCCAAGAGAAAUGUGAUGUUAUUUUACUCGUAUAGAUAUUGUAAUUGAGAUUUCUAUAGAGCUCUACAGAGGCCUGCAAGAAAUGAGCAUCAUCAUCAUCAUCAUCAUCAAAAAAAACCCCAAACAAAAAAAUAACAAAAAAAACAACAACUCACAAUAACACUGAGAAAGUUGACUGGAGCAUUGACUAAUUAUCUUUUAAAGAUUAAAAACCGAGUGUAGUCAAAACAUGGAUCAGAUUUGUGUUGAUGUCAUGUUUGUAGGAGCCAAGCCUUGAAUUAUUUUUCCCUACCAAAAUGAUUAUUUGAUCGGCUACUUCACGAAUCUUUUCAUUCGAAAAGAAUGGCUUGACAGCCAUUGAAUGGGGAGUUGAUGAGAGAAUGAGAUACCUAGUUCAAAAUUUUUUCCUGGAAUAAGACCGGUGAGAGCUUGCGUGUGCAAUGUGUGUUGAUUUACUGGAGGGCAUUACUAAUAAAUCACAAAGCACCUGAGUCAAGAUGGAAUCUUACUCUGAGGCUACAAAAAAAAAAAAAUGUGUUGCCCAAGGCCUCAACAGACUGUGGUUGGAUUUUAGUAUCAAGCGUAUCCACGAAGGGAAAACAGUAUCAGUGAAAAUCAAAUUUUCAAGGUCAAGUUUUCCUUGAACUUCCGGGUCUAGAAUUUCUCCUCUCGCCCGACAAGUAAUUCAUUCCUUCCUCUACUGUGCCUUACUACUACUAUCGGUCCGCCUUGUCCAUUUUCAUCCGAAUACAAAGCAAACAAUAUUUGCUUAACUGUCUCACAUUCUGACAAGUCUUUAUAUUGUUACAGUACCUGUGAUGGGUACGAUAAUUGUGUCAUAAUGUGAUCUACUGCAGAGAGGAAAGGAACGCUAUUUUUAGUGGUUCCCGAAGCUUUUACUGGGGUGAUAGUGUUGUGUAUUUAUGAUAAUUUACUAUUUUUUUUUUCUACGUCGCAUCAUAACAUUUGGUAGAGCAUUCGGUGUAAUGCAAAGAGAGUUAUAAUUAAAACCUGAGCAAAGAAA